CGCUUGCCACCGGGCCAUGUGGAAAAAGCUGCCAGAGUGGCCGAAGACCAUGACAGGUCUCCCAAGCACGUCAGGAACUACUGCCAGCGUGGUAAUUAUCCGCGGCUCAAAGAUGUACGUUGCUCAUGUUGGCGAUUCAGGAGUGGUGCUGGGGGUCCAGGAUGACCCCAAAGAUGACUUUGUGAGAGCUGUGGAGGUGACACAGGACCACAAGCCAGAACUUCCCAAAGAAAGGGAGAGAAUUGAAGGCCUUGGGGGCAGUGUGAUCAACAAAUCUGGUGUGAAUCGCGUCGUUUGGAAGAGACCUCGUCUGACUCACAAUGGCCCUGUGCGCCGCAGCACCGUCAUUGACCAGAUUCCGUUCCUGGCAGUUGCUAGAGCGCUUGGCGAUCUUUGGAGCUACGACUUCUACAGCGGUGAAUUUGUUGUGUCUCCUGAACCUGACACUAGUGUGCACACAAUUGAUCCCCAGAAGCACAAAUAUAUUAUCCUUGGCAGUGAUGGGCUGUGGAACAUGAUCCCGCCUCAAGAUGCUAUCUCCAUGUGCCAGGAUCACGAGGAGAAAAAAUACUUCAUGGGAGAGCACCGACAGUCUUGUGCCAAAAUGCUGGUGAACAGAGCGCUAGGCCGGUGGAGGCAACGCAUGCUUCGUGCAGAUAACACCAGUGCCAUCGUCAUCUGCAUCUCGCCGUUGCAGGAUAGCAAAAGCAACUUGGAAAAUGAAGAAGAAUUGUAUCUCAACUUGGCAGAGAGCCCCUGCUAUAGCAGCCCUGAUAUGAAUGUCAUGACACCCUCCCGCUGCUGUACCCCCCCUGUCAAGCUUUUAGAAGAUGAUCCGUGGCCACGACUGAAUGCUUCUGAGGCUGUUCCUCCCCUCGUGCAUAGCAACGCGAUCUCAGAAAAAUAUUUAGAGCUGCCAAACGAGAUUGCCAAAAGCAAUUUACCUUCAUCGGGAGCAACCCCGAAGGAUUCAGGCCCACAGGAGGAGAAGUGCAGCAAAGCGCUGGCAUUAAGGAUACAUGAAUCCUACAGUAAUGGUUUGUCAGUCAGUCUCUCCCCUUCCAACUCUGCAAAUUCAGGCACGGACCAAAAAGGCUUCAAGGUGUCUCCUAAUGGCCAAACAAAAGCCCAAGAUGCAGAGAGGACACCCACAGCAAACUUUAAAAGGACAUUGGAAGAAUCCAACUCUGGCCCAGCUCUGAAGAAGCCCAGACGUGGCCUGAGUCGAAACAUCAGCGUGCAACCAGAAGGCAUCUCCACGACGCCGCAGCGAAAAAACUCAAACAAGCUGGCCAUGCGACGCAGCCUGCGGGGCCAGAAGAAGCUCAGCAAUUCACUCUUCCACCCGCCCAGGAAAGCAGUCUGCGUUUGCUGAAGGGCGUCUUUGGUGCAGAAGUCUGAAACUCUUCCUGUUUUAUCUUUUUUUAAAGUAGAAACUUUUUUUGGUAUCAAACAGCUUUAUCCCAGCCUUGUACUUGCUUGUAUUAUAACUGUGAAUUUUGUAGAUGUGUAGGGUAUAAGUAACUGUAAAAUGUGUGUAAAUUUGUAUUCCUUCAUAUAAAUGUAGUCUCUUUUCUUCCUUGUAUAAUUGUUACAGCGGGGCUAAACCUUGUUUAAAAAAAAAAAAAUCCUUUUUGUUAAUUUACUAAAGUCAUGAAUUUGUAUACGCUUCUUGUGAUGAAAAUUUCACAACUUUUUAACUAAAGUAAAUUAUUAAACAGAAUGGAAGAUAUGUAUUUUCGUAGUACUAUAUGUUCCACCUAAAGUGUGUCUUUUAGAGAAUACACUAGGUCUAUAUUUUGUUUUUAAAUUUUAGAUUUCUCUACUCAGAAAUGAAAUGUACGUGGAAGCAGAGAUGUUGAGUCUUGCUUUACAGAGCUCAAUGUCGAUUUCUUUAUGUUAAUUAAAAUACUAUGCAGUAUCUUAUUUAGUUGUAUUUUUUGUAACAUUAAUCGUCGAAGUAUUUAGCAAAAAAGUGUGUGUUUUAAAACUCCGACUCCCAAAAGCAUCCUAUAAAGCCAUUCAUUCCCAUCCCCUGUUAUAAAUGAUGGCAUUUUUAUCCAGGCAUAAAUGUAUGCCCUACGGAGGCAUGAAUUUUCUGCUAUUCCAAUACUGAUGGUGCUGCUAAGACUUUCAACAUAAGUUCUUAAAUUAUUUUAUGACUAUUUUCCUUGAGUACGUGGACCAUGUGUAUGUUCACCUAAAUAAAACACGUGAAAAUUUGA